AUGAGUGGCGGCCCCGGUGGAGGCCCUCGACGGAGGCAGCCCCAGUACAUGCCGCAGUAUCAUCACCAGCAGCAGCACAUGGGGCCGAUGUAUCCGAGCUACGUGCCGUAUGGGCCGCAAGGCUACUACGGAAUGCCGCCGCAGUUCCAGAACGGCGGCGUGCCGUCCCAGGGCUAUAUGGCCUAUCAAGGCUAUGCCAGAUCGCCACCGUCCAUGCCGCAAUAUGUGCCGAUGCCUCCGUCCGCACCGGUUCCGAUCCCCCCACAGACGCCUUCCUCAUCGCACUCGUCCCAGAUGCUUCCUCCCCCGACUCCUCCGACGCCGCAGACGAUCGAGCAUGUUUCUCCCCUGAAUCACUCUCCAGUCGAGCAGCGCGAGCCGUUCCGGCCACCACUUCCUUGGUUCUCCUGUCCCGACACAAGCUUUCCUGCCAAAACGCCCCGGUCGAGGCGGCGGAGAAAGCCACUAACGGCGGAUAGCGCCGCUGUCUCCCUGCCCCUCGAACAACACGGCUCGCUAACGGAACAAUGUACACCCUCGUCGGGUCGUGCGACGGACGCAAAUGUGUCGUCGCAUGUUCCUGCCAAGGCAGCUCCGUCUACUCCAUUUCUCGACUCUUCGCGGCAACGAGGGGCGGACGUGACAACUGCCGAGGCGGCCGCCCCCGUCGAUGAACGGCCCGCGGACGAAGCUCGGAAGCAAGCGACAGGCGGGGGCGAGAAACCCGGCAUGAACGGUGCCGCGAUAACCGCUGUUUCCACCGAGGCUAACGAACCUGAUGAUGCUGCUUCCCCCAAGGGACCCGUCGCCCCGGCCGGGACAAACGGAUCAGCCGCCCUCAAUGGCUCAGGAACAUCCAAUACUACUGCAGCCGCCCCAAGUUCGGCUUUUUCAAAAACCAAUGCCAACUCGCUCGCCGAGGCCAUUCGAGAGUAUCAAGUGGGCAGUGUCGACAAGAUUUCCUUCCUGGAGCCUCGUGGCCUCAUCAACACAGGAAACAUGUGCUACAUGAACUCGGUUCUCCAAGUGCUCAUGUUCUGCGUCCCCUUCCACGAUUUCUUGGAUCAGGUCAGCAAGAGGGCCAUCCACAGCUUCAAGAGCGAGACUCCGCUCGUGGACGCCAUGAUCAUGUUCAUGCAUGAGUACAAUAUUAUCGACUCGGCGCCAUCCGCCAAUCAACUGCACAGCAAGCUCAAGAGCGAAGAUCUCGAGAAGUACGGCGAGCCUUUUACUCCCGAAUUCGUCUACGAAGCUAUAAGACAGCUCGCGCGAUUCGCAAGCAUGAGGCGUGGUCAUCAGCAAGACGCGGAAGAAUUCUUGGGGUUUCUCCUCCAGUCGCUCGACGAUGAGUGCACUCACAUCAUGGGCAGCUUCCAGUCGAAUGACUCUGAGAUUGCGUCUGUCGAUCUGGGAGCUAGCCAAAGCUCGAUGGCGGAUCCGUCUGGCGAUUGGCUCGAGGUCGGCCGCAAACAGCGGGCUGCGGUCACGCGCUCGUCGGGGUCAAAUUCGUCGACACCCAUCACCAAGAUUUUUGGUGGACUGCUUCGAUCCGAGUUCCGCGUGCCGGGGCUCAAGGACUCCAUCACCACUGAGCCUUAUCAGCCGCUGCAGCUGGACAUUGGAUCUCCAGACGUACGCAACGUCCUUGACGCCCUACGCGGCUUGACCCGCCCGGAACGCCUCCAGGGAGACUUCAACUCUCCCCGAGGCAAGGACAUCGUGGCUACGAAGCAGGUGUUUAUCGAGUCCCUGCCUCCAGUACUUAUCCUCCACCUGAAGCGCUUCCAGUUUGACGCCGAGGGCCAUGGCACUAUCAAGGUUUGGAAGAAGGUUGGGUAUCCCCUGGAGCUCGAGAUUCCGCGCGAGGCCCUGUCGAGGCAGAAACGCCAGACCAUGGGCGACGGCGCGAUGCCCAGGUACAGGCUCAUCAGCGUAGUUUAUCACCACGGCAAGAACGCCAGUGGCGGUCACUACACUGUCGACGUGCGCCGACAGGACGGCCGCGAGUGGAUCCGGAUGGAUGACACUGUUCUUCGCCGUGUUCGCAGCGAGGAUGUGGCCGAGGGGGGGUCCGAGGAAGAGGUCAAGGACACUAGAAAAGAUGGUGGUGGCGCCAGCGCCUCAGCGAACCGAUUCGGCGCCAUGCACGACGACGACACCGGUGACGAAGACGGCUGGAAGCAAGUCACGGCUUCGGCCGGUGGCAACAAGCGGUGGAGCAGCGUCGUGAACGGCGGCAGCAAUGGACACGCCAAGGAUAAGCAGCAGCAGGUCAAGGAGAGCAUCAAGGACAACAAGGUUGCCUAUCUGCUGUUCUACCAGCGCGUGUAG